GUCGUCGGCAUGUCACGCCUAGACAUGAACAUGCAAGGUGACAGCAUGCAGCCGAUGAACGUAGUCAAGGCAGCCCGAGGCGGUAAGUGUGGGGUGGGUCAUGUCGUCGAGACCAAGCAUUUGCUGGUUCGAAUCCUCUCGUGUCCGCUCCGGGAUGGCAAGUUGCGCCGAAUGGUUGUCCCUUGUCGCCCGUGGCACACACUACCCGGCAAUCACGUCGCGAUCCGGCUGACAGUCAUGCGUUUGGUGGGCUUGGCUCGCGGUCGCUCGUUUACGUCAUCGUGCGACGACUCGCCGCACGAUUGUUCCAACAGUGUGGGUUUGCCCAUGCAGUGCAUGGGUGCAUGCUUCCCAUGUCGUCUUGAAUGGCAGACACAUAUAGCUCGCGACAACAGCGACAUGAACGAGCGAGACAACGACGCCCCGAACCCCUUGAGGGGGUUUGUGCUGAAGUUCAUUUGUGGCGCAGCAGUUGGCACCGCAUCUGCUUACGCCGUUAUGAGAGCAGCACUUGUCCUUGAAGGAGUUGUCUUGUGCGUCCACGUCGCAUCCGUUGUGAGGAUCCUUGUGCUGCAGUGGCACAUGGCUGAGACCGACUUGACGGUCAAGUACAUCGCCGACGAUCGCAUUCAGUGGCGCAAGCUUCGACACGAUGCGAUGGAAGCUCUUGGCAUGAACGAGUCGUCGAACCUCUUCCGCGCAUGUGAAAAAAUUCUCGCGCUGCACGAGUGGCUCACGGCCAACUUGUAUUCCAUGGAGUUUGCCGCGGGCGUGAUGUUAUCGGACCAUUGGAUGUGAUGGUCAACCCUUCGCGGGCCCUCAUUUUCAGCAACCCGCCAGCGUUCCAACGACGCCUUUGUCCUGCAACUGCGUCGACGUGCCGUUAAUGCGACCCACAGCAAUAGCACGACAUGCCCCGUCAACCUCUUGAGAGAGUCGUUUAGGCCCUAAAUUGUGCGCUCCAAUUCGAGUCGGCACGUGGAAGUGUAUUUACGCGUGGUGUUUGGCCACGAUCGAUACGUUUGCCUGACC